CUAAUCUGGAUGCAACAUUGUCACAUGAGAGCUGACAUCUGGGGACAGAAUCUCGCUUUUCUAGUAAAGACAAAAUACUGGAUGGCGGUCAUUUUCUGAGACAGAAUGACCAUUACAACUUGCCAGAAGGUUACCCUUAUAUCAUGCUCUGUUCUUUGUGUGUCUCUCUUCCUGCCCAGGAUGCUUUUACCCAGAGGAAAAAAUGAGAGGGGCCAGUCUGAGGUUGGACCUGGGUUUUACCCUCCUGGGAUGCAUCAGCUGUCAGUGUCAGACGACCCGGAGCGGUGGGAGGUGGAUUCUUCUCGCCCUCUCACACACACCGUUGAAGCCAGGGUUAAAGUUCAAAGUAUUGGGCGGGGCAAGAAAUACAACCUGAUGGCUCAAGUCAUACCCACAUAUGGCUUUGGGAUUCUGCUUUACAUCCUUUAUAUUAUGUACAAGCUAACAUGCAAGGGAAAGGUGAAUAAAUCAGGGCUCUAUUCAACAAACAAGACAAAAACCACAUCGAACACAAGUGCUACUGAUUAUGAGCUUGCCAGGCUUCAGGAGAAACUUCUGCAAACAGAAAUGAUGCUAGAGAGGAUCGUCUCAGGGAGGAGUCAUUGUUCUUCAAGUGGCAGAAAGCGAAAGAGUAAAACUUCAACAUCAAAGAAGGAGGAAAAACUCCUGAGGCAACUCAGACAGAUCACACUGCUGAUGCAGGAGGGCCGUUUGGAGGGAGCCUCUCCCGAGAUGGAGGCUGAGGAGGUCCCCUACGGUGCAGAUUGGGAAGGCUAUCCAGAGGAGACUUAUCCAGCGUAUGAUGAGUCCUGUGAUAGACAUAAGUAUGAGACCAUUAAGCUGGAGGAGGAUCCCAGCCAACCCACUGCUGAGGCCCUUGCAGAGAGGAUGGAGCAAGAAGAGGAAGAGAUCAUGGCCAGGAAACUCUCCAUUGUGGAAGAGGAAGAUGAAGAGGAAGAGGAAAAAGAGGAGGAAGAAGAAGAUUUAGACGAGGAAGAAGAAGAUGAAUUAGAAGAAGUUGGGGAAGCUGAAGAGGAAUCAGAAGAGGACAAAGAGCUUGAAUAUGUGGAGGACGAAGAGGUGGAAGAAGAGGAGAAGAAACAGUUGCUCAUUCCUGCUCCUCCUGUUAUUGGCAGAAAGCAGGAAAGAGUCGGUUUGGAGGUGAGCAAAGAGCUGCAACAACACAGGGGAGAGAAGAAGCAAAUAACCUUCAGUGAGAAGAAACACGUGUUCCACUACCCCAAAGAGGACACCUUCGAGGAAGAGGAGGAGGAAGAAGAAGAGGAGGAGGAAACAGAGGAUGAGACGGAGGAGGACGUAGAAGCAGAAGAGGAGGAGGAAGCUGACGAUGAUCCUCUGAUGGAGGCAGAAAGCCUGCAGUUUAGUUGCGAAGGCUCUUCAAAUCCAGAGGAACAAGCAGAGGAAGAUGAAGAGGAGUAUUUGUUAACUUUGGCACUGAUGGAAGAUGGACAUCUGAUUCACGCGGACGUCCCAAAAGAGGUCGGACAGAAUGUCCUGAGGAUGAGAAACAGGAGAGAAAGAGAAAGUUUUACAGCAACCUAAGU